AUGUCCGUAGCUUUGGGUUUGUCAUUUAUUCUCUGUGGGCUGUGCCUCCUUCAAGGCGUCCACUCCCAGUCGCAGGCCAACAGCAGCGGCAGCAGCAUCAGCAGCACUGGCAGCACCAUCGACUACUGCCAGCCGGGCUUGUGUCCCCAAAUGAAGAAGCACAUUGCCUGCAGGAACAAUGGAAAUUUCGGCAGCCAGUGUCCGAUCAACGCCACGGAACUGCUCAACAUAACCAAUUAUCAGGGCCUGAUCGUCAGCGAGCACAACGCUCUGCGCAAUGUGCUCGCCGGCGGAAAGGUCCACGCUCUGCUGCCCAUGCCCGAUCGCAUGGCCUCACUGCAGUGGCACCCCGAGUUGGAGUACCUUGCCACAGUCAGUGUCAAGCAUUGUGCCCUGCUCCACGACCCCUGCAUCAACACGAGGCAGUUUCCGCAGGCCGGACAGAAUCUGGCCCUGAUCCAUCUGAACUUCUCCCUUCCGGAGGAGAACCGCACGGAUGAGGUGUUGAUCAAGGAGUCCAUCGCGGAAUGGUGGUCGCAGAGUGCCAAUGUGACCGCAGACCGAGUCCAGAAGUUCCCCAGAGCCAAACAGGGAGUUUUCAUUCGUAACUUCGCUGUGAUGGCCCGGGACAACAACACCUUCGUGGGCUGUGCCGCCUUGCGGUUCGUCCGUCGCAAGGUGGAGCCCGACUUCCUGAUGGCCUGCAACUAUGCCAGCAACUAUGCGGUGGAUCAUCCCAUCUACAGGGAGAAGGCCCUCGGCUGCCAGGCGGGCACCGAUCCCAAGUACCCCCCUUUGUGCCGCACUGGGGAGCAGUACCUCGAAGCAGCGCCCAUGGAGAACGCCACCCGCCAUUCGUUUGGCUAAAAAUAUGGGUGGAACGGGAUGGAUAUUGGGGAUGGUGUUGUGGUACACACUCACAGUCUAUUUAACAUGUUGAUUUGUGUCAGAGUACGUGGUGGUCAUAUAUCAUCACUCUGGCAGACACCUGCACCAUCCACCAUCCCCCAUCCCCCAUCCACCAUCCCCCAUGCCUAUACCUAUAUCCAUCUGUAGCCAUUCGGCAGACCUAUCCCCACCACCACGACCAUCAUCACCAUCUUCAUCAGCAUCUAAAAUAUGAUACGCGUUGUUUGGGGGCACAGCGCACAAGCGAUGCGACAAGGAGACAAGUUGGCAUCUAAUUUUAACGUCAAUAUACAAAAUGUAAGAACGUGUCUUCAUCAGCUCGUAAUACACCCAUCCUGCUGCUGGGCCCCCGCCAGCCGCCCCCACA